CCCGGGGUGUCCGUCGGUCCCGACCGCGUGGAUCCAACCGCGGGCUGCGGGAGCGCCAUCGGCGGCUGGAACACGGGGGUGCCCCCGCAGGCACCGGGGCUCAUCCGGCCCGAGGCAGGGGGAGAUCAGGUGCCGGAGAGAGCUGAGAACUUGGAGUGCCUGGCCCUGCCUCAUCCCUGGAUUUGGCAGCGGUUAGAGGAAGCAGACGUGAGGGAAGGAAACAUUUCAGAGCCGGCUGGUUGUUCACCAUGAGUGUGGCUGUUCUGCUCCUCCUGGGGCUGGGGCUGUUGGGGGCAGAAGGCAGAAGAAACAGGUGUUACUUCAACCGCACCCAGGAGCACUGUGUGUGCUACAACCUGACCGAGGAGACCGCGGGCAGCCUCAUCCAGUGCCUCGCUGCAACUGUGGUGGAGUUUCGGGGGGGAGAGCUGGAGAAAUACAUAGCCUUCCCCAUCAGGGACCUGGACGACUCUGCCAUUGAGACUCUGGGCUCCCUCAUCAUCCAGAAAGUAAUUAUUGCUGAUGUGCUGGUGCCUGAGAUCCUCUUGGCCCGUGUGCUGAGGUUUUUCUCCUACACCCACGUGAAGGAGCUGGCGUUUGACAGCUGUGUUUUCCAGGGCACGGGUGACUGGCAUGGAAUGGAUGGCCAGAGCUUGCCCAUAUUGUCCCUGAGCUUCAACAACGUGACAUCUGCCCCGCUGAUGGGCAAUGAACAGGCCUUCUCCAGCCUGAGCAUGUGGCUGGAGAUGCUGCAGGAGCUGGCUGUCACCAGCUCCAGUGUCACCAGCCUGCCCUGUGCCAUUGGAAAGGUGUUCAGAGCUCUGCACACCCUGGACCUGGCACAAAACAGCCUCGGGGAUGGGAGCCUGACACCUGCCUUCUGCCAGGGAGCUUUCCCUCAGCUCCAGGUGCUGAGUCUGCAGCACAACAACCUGACGUCCUACCACAGUGUGUGUGAGGGUGUGCAGCUGCUGCAGGGGCUCCAGAACCUCAAUCUCAGCCAGAACAAGCUCAUGGCAGACCCAUCCUCCUCCUGCCAGUGGCCAGCAUCCCUCCGGGUCUUUAACCUGUCCCACACUGGCUUGGAGGUAGUGCUGACACCUCUGCCUGCCAACCUGGAGGUGCUGGACAUGAGCCACAACCACCUCCGUGCCGUGGACAUCUCCCUCAGCUCCCUGAAGAAGCUCUUCCUGAGCCAAAACCUGCUGCAGGCCGUCCCCUCCCUCAGGAAUUGCCCUGUGCUGGACACCCUCCACCUGGACAACAACUCCAUCGCGGAGCUGCCGUUGGAUGAGGUGACGCUCCUGGGGCGCCUGCAGGACGUGACUGCGGCCAACAACCCCUUCAACUGCUCGUGCUCUGGGGCUGGGGGGCUGCAGGCACUGGCAGCUAUGGGGCACCUGGGGCAGGGCUGGCCACAGGACUACACGUGCCAGUCCCCGCCGGGCUACCAGGGCUGGCGGGUGGUGGCCGUGCCGGUGUCGGUGCUGCGGUGUCACCGCGCCGCCGUGGUCGCCCCGCUCUGCGUGGCCCUGGCCCUGCUGGGCCUGGCAGGGGCCCUCUGCCUGCUCAGGGCCAGGCCCUGCCACAGGGUGAGAUGUUGGAGCCUUCCCAGCAGUGCUUCCACGCAGGAGCUCCAAGGGAAGGCUCACAGGCCCCCCAAGUGAGGGGCUCUCUCGGUGUCCCCAGCCCGGGCUGCCCUGGGGAAUGUUAUCCCGCUGUGCCUUUGCCCAGACAGGUUUUGGGGCACCCCUCACUCAAAGCGCCGUGCCAUGCUCUGUCCCAGGGCUGUACCCUCCCUUGUGGCCAGCUCCAGCUCCCCAAGCCCAAAUAUGCCCCCAUUGCCCCUGCAAUGUCACCUGCCCCAGAUAAGAAGAAUUCAGCUCCAUCAUAUUCCCACUGGCAGCACUCAGAUGCCCCAAAACUCUCUGGGGUCUGGUGUUCCCUGCCCAGACCCCCACAACACCUUGUAGCCACCCUUCCAGCCAUCCUUGGAGCCUCUGUGGCCCCUCUGCUGGUCCUCCAUCUCCUCACCUGGGGCUGUGCCUGGGCCAGGAUGUUUGGUCUGUGAGGAUGCUGCUUUGCUGCUCUUCAGCACAAGAGAAAACCCACAAAGACAGAAAAAUAACUAAAUUAAACACCCCCCCACGCAAAUGCCAACGAGGAGGAGCAGCCAAGACCCGAGCUCUGGAGGCACCAAUGGACACGUCCCUCUGGUGUGACCUUGAGGAUGUUCAACCAGAAACUUUUUGUGAAAAGAGGAAAAUGGGUUUAUUCUGGGUUAUGCAGAGAAUACCUCGUAGUAAAGAGAAAAUUGAUUAUGGGGUGCUGAGGGAGAGCAGAGGAAUGCAGGACAAUGGGGAAUGCUUAUGGGAAGGAUCAAAAG